UGUCUUCUGAAUUAUUAUCGUUUAAUUCCUUGGCUAUCUUUCUUGUAGAUCUACCUGAAAAUGUCCGCUUAACUACAAAUACAACAAGCAAAGUGUGUGCAGGAGUUGUAAUACACUUCACCUGCACUGCUGAAGCCAACCCACCAGUACACAUUUAUUUGUUGUUUGAAAAUGACACCGUGAUUAAGAAUAUGGGAAUAUCAGGAGCCUGGAUGAAAACGAUGGAAACUGCUGGCGAGUUUGUGUUCAGAUGCGAGGCUAAUAAUUCUAUCCAAGGGAUUGGAAAAAGUGGUAAUACUACCUUUACUACUGAUGUCCCGGCAUCUGUAGAGCAGGUCAACAAUAAAGUCGUCAAAGAAGGUGGUAACGUUGAAGUAUACUGUAAUGUGACUGCAGGUAUUCCUGAUCCAACUGUAUAUUGGUCAAAAGUCGAGACUGGUGAGCAUAUUACGGGAAACCCAUUGAACAUCACUAACACCAGCCGAGCUCAAGCUGGAGAAUACAGGUGCACUGCAAACAACACUUGUGGAGAGGACUCUACAGUGGUGGUCAUUGAUGUGCAGUAUCCCCCAGUGAUUACCAGGGAAGAAGGUCACAUUAUUGAUGCGUUUGAAGGAGAUUCAGCAUCAAUUUUUUGCCCAAUACUUGGAAACCCCCAUCCGAAUGUCACUUGGCACAAGGGAAAUGACACAUCGUCUGACACUGUGAUAAAUACCACCAACCCUCUGGAGUUUCUUGAGACUGCGUUAGAUGAUAGUGGAUGGUAUACCUGCUUUGCCGAAAACUCUUUAGGAAACGUUACUGUCACGGUCCAGCUACAUGUUGAAAAGUCUGUACAAACUACAGUAACCACAUUGCUAAAGACAACGACUAAAGUUGUAGAGAGCACCAUUUCCGCUACGGCGACCAUAGAUGAGAGCUGUGAUAAACGAUUAGACGUUGAGAAAAGGUUUCCCAGCUUGGAUCUGUCGGGAGAGUAG